AUGCUGGGUGCCAGCGGUCCCGUCACGGCCUAUCCCAUGCUCCUGCUGUCCCCGAAAGGAACGUUCUCCCAAACCCUCUUUCGGCCGCAGCUUGCAGCGGAGAACUCGAGCGAGCGAGCGUUAGCUCAGGGGCACGCCGGGCUCGUGAGUCGUCUCGUGGGGCCAGACGCGCCUCCGUGUGGCCAAACCUGCAUAUGGUCCGUCGGGCUCCCGCUUGAAUUCAAAAGCGUCACUGGGAAUCUCUCGCUCGCGUCCAACGGUUCGCACACGCAUUCGGGGGUGCGUUCGCGUGCUUCCAAUCGCUUCCACGCCCGGCUGGGUCGCUGCCUGCUCGGGCGUCUUGUGCUCAGGCGUGCUCGGGAACGCAGGCGUCUAGAAGGGGAACUACGCUCCACGGACUCGCUCGCGCGCACAAGAUAG